UUCUUUUAAAGAGAUGAAGCAUAGGGUAAAUUAAAUUAACAGUGUGCUUAAAUCAGAAAAUUCUUCAUGCAUCGUGGUCCUUUCUCUGUUCUUUUUCAUCUCUCCCUCCCAAACAGCUCUCUUGUGUGUGAGUAAUCUCCACAUUGUCACUCAGAUCUGACCAACGUCACACCUGCUAUCUACGCACCCACUCUUGCAUUAACUCGACAGUCAGGCAACCAGCCUGGCCAACUGGCAUUAACACAGCUAAUAGAGCAUCAACAAGGCAACAUUUCUUCACAAAAUUUCAGGGCUUUGCAAUGGCAAUCUCAUUGUCUGUUGGAAGGUGUGAGAAACAGUAAAAGCAGCAAAGAUGAACAGUGUGCAGAGCGUUCACACAGACAGUAACUCUCUGCUCAAAGCAGUCUAUUUGGGUCGUCUCCGCCUGACACGCCUCCUUCUAGAGGGCGGGGCUUACGUAAAUGAGAGCAAUGAGAAGGGUGAGACACCCCUGAUGAUUGCCUGUAAAAGCAGAUACUCUGACACCCAGGGGGUUCCAAAGGCAAAGAUGGUGGGAUAUCUUCUAGAGAGUGGUGCUGAUCCAAACAUACAGGACAAAAGUGGCAAGACUUCUCUGAUGCAUGCCUGUCUUGAGCAAGCAGGACCUGAAGUUGUGUCCAUACUCCUGGAUAAUGGGGCAGAUCCCUGUCUGGAGGACCAUGUAGGCUCGUCUGCUCUGAUCCAUGCCAUUAAUUCCAGUGAUGAGGAAACACUGAAACUGCUAAUGGAUGCUUUCAAGGCCAAAGGUAAAGAGGUCAUCAUCAUCACCACAGACAGACUUGUCUGCGGAAGUCAAGUGGCCAAACAGUAUCUUAAAAUUCCUUCAUUAGACCAGUCUCAUUCCUCCUCGAUACCAUGUGCUUCUCCUUCUGAGAUUCACCUCAGUACAUCACCUCAGGGGACAAUUUCCUCCGGCCUCUCAGAGCAAAUGUUCUCUUUCCAGGACCUGCAGACUAUGACCUGCUCUCAGACAACCAUUCCCUCUAACCAGCCACCUUUGGUAAACAGGAGACUGAACAAACUCCACCAUCUGCAGAGACUACACUCAGAACCAUGGCUGAAGAUCCCUCAGUCCUUUCUAUCAGAACAACAUGUCAAAGGUAACUCUCAAAUGGAAAAACUGCCUGACAUAACACCUGAAGAAGAAUUUGCUUUCAGCAUUGACAGACGGCUGCCUUUUAAUCCUCAGGUCAGCACUGACAUCAAAAAAACAACUAGUCAGUCUCAGCUUCAUGAAAACAACACAAGCAAUCAUGGAAAUCUAAGAGCAGAGGGAGCAAUGCCUCGCAACAUGUCCUUCAAUGGUUUAUCUUCACUGUACUCUCUCUCCCACCCAGAUCUUCACUCCAACAACAGUGAAUUCUUAUCAUCAGAGAAUGACUCCGAAAAGUUACUCCCUAACCUGGCAGUGUCCAGUCUAAUCAACAUUAUCCAGCGUCGAAAGCUUGGAAUGGAUCACUAUAGCUCUGAUUCACAGCUUUCAGUGUCAGGCAACUUCCCAGCAGAAGGUAAAAAACAGCUUGACAGCAGGCAACUUCCGACUUCACGAUCAUCCACUUUGAUAAGCUCGCAGGAGUCAAUUGAGAGCAAUUUACUGGGAAAUAUACACAAGAGGCAUCCAACCAAUCUAGAAAGGAGGGGAUCAGGGGCUCUUCUCACAGAUCUACCUUUCAACCCUCGACCAGGUUUUCUACCACCACUGAGCCAUCAUGCUUCAAUCCAACAAACUUCUGGAGCAAGCAGCUCCAGCAACAAGCCAACAUGUGGCUUGGUGACAGGAAUGAAGCAGUAUCUGCCAUCGGCUCCUGCUGGCUUACCAAAGGAUCUCAAGACCAGAAGAUUUCUGAUGAGAAGGCACUCCAUGCAGCCCGAACAAAUUAAACAGCUAGGUGACUUUAAGGAGAUCUUCGGUUAAUGAUGAUGAAAUGCAGUGUAUUGGUUAAAUAGACGGGAAUAUACAAAAACAUCCUAAAAAUCUAUCAUUUGCUAAAUAAAUUGGGGUAUGUGUGGAUGGGGGGUUCAUAUCCAGCACACAUUUAAGAUUUAUUUUCCAUAGGUUUGAUCCUUUCAUUCUUCAGUUUCACUACUCAAUAGUGAAUUUAUGAAAAUUGCUUAAUAUAGUAAAGUUUACCUAUGUAAGUAUUAAUUAAUAUACCACUCAGGGUAAAUUGAAGUUUAAACCUCACCAUACAUAAUAUAUACACAGCUACCAGUAACUCGGUUUUGUGAAUAAAACAUAUUUGAUUUGGCAUGCUUUUGAAUUCUUUAGGCAAACGGCAUUAACGCCCUCUUAAAAAAAGAUAUUAAACAAUUCCUUGGUAGUUAAGGGUUCGUACUCGGCAUUAACUUAUUAUUAACAGACUAUUAUUAAUAUUAUUAUUAACAGCAUUAAAUGAGUAGUCGUGUCAGAGUGAUAGUUCACCUUUGGAAUGCUACUGUCAAUUUUAUUUAGGUUUUCUUUGCCACCUUAACUUAAGGUACGGGUUUUUUUGUUAACUAUGCAUCAUCUAUUGGUUCUAAUGGCGGUGUACAUGAAACUGCCGGGCACCGUGUCCGAUAUCCCUAUAGGAUCAUCCUUUCACAUUUGGAGACAUUCUGUGCCCUCAGACAUUUUGGAGUUUGGAGACAUUUUGUGCCCUCCGGAAAUGUUCUGGCCAGUUUUUUGCACUCCUAAUGGCCAUCUGUCCAACAGAAAAUGCUGCCAUGUGCAUCUUAAUGUACUGUAGACCCAGAAAGAAACAAUUCUAGCUGACUCUACCAUCCGGCUGCAGAAAAAAAUAACAUAGAUAAGAGGUUCAAGCCUAGUGUUUGUUAUAGUGAAUAAACUUUAUGAAGACCUAUGAUUUCAAGGUGUAUGUGAUCUGAUGAGGCACAGUGACAUAGGGCACUUGUUUCAGCAGGUCUGGUUUGACGGUUAUUGAGUGAGACGAGCUUGUGACUAAAAUGAACCAUAGUCUGUUCUGCCAGAAUGUUUGUUUUUUUCUAAGAUCUGGCCAAUGGUACCCCAAAAGAAAAAAGUGAUGGUCUGAUUAACCUCCACUGUGCUAUCUGUGUUCCUGUACAGUUAAACCACUGUGAGUUCUUGUGCCAACUGAACACAGAACUGCUGUGGAUGUGAGUGAGAUAUUUGAUUGCACUGCAGAACACUUUACAUCUAGACUGCCUGUAGUUUUUACUAAAAUUUGCAUGGCUAGAGAUUUGCAUGGUUAGUUUCACUUUGCAAACGAAUCACUCUUUUUGCGUAAGUGACUAAUCUAAACGAAUGUAUGGAUCCGUGCCAUGAAAUGAAUUUAAUGAAUUAAUUGUGAGUUCAGUCUAAGUUGGUGUCCUUUCAGUUUCAGUAGGAGAUUUAAGUUCUGGUUUCCUAAAACAUCUGUCAAGCUGCUUCAAAUGCUGCUUCUACAAGAGACAUUGAUCAUAACCUUAGCACCUCUGUAUCUGCUGGUUCAAUAUUCUUGUUCUUUUGUACCAGCUUCGGGCGUCAGUUGCUUGGGUGACAAUAAAGAAAUGGGUCAUUUGACCAGCUGUGCUGAACCACACUGAUGCAUCAGGCUCUUAUCUUUAGAAUGCCCCAGUGGCAGGACUCACAUCAGCUAUAUCAAUGUCUGUCUCUGUAUGAAAUGCAGCUGUACUGAGCUCCAACAAGUUCACUAACAGCACUUGAUUUAGCUCACUGCCUUCUAAUAUAGUUCAGGAGCUCAUGCUUCCUGUUCCAGGGAGCUUUGCACUCGUGCCUUUUUCACAUUUGUGUUCUAGCUGUGACAGUGCAGAAAAGCCUUUAACUCAAUAAUAAUAAGCAAGUAGUAUCCACAUAGAUCGCAAGCUUCAUAUGUUGCAAUCAGCAUUAUGCUUCAAUUAUCCUAGUCAAAACAAAACCUGCAUGUGAUUGCAAUUUUCUUGUGCUACCUGUGAUGGUCCCCACAAUAACACUUAAAUGCAAGUGCAAUGAAGAGUCUUGGAAAUAAUACUCCAUCAGUGAACAGUUAAUAACUGUCCUGUUAAAGUUAAAAUUAAUUUCCUAGUUAUGACCAUACAAUAUAUUACAGUUGUAGAAGGGAAAUUAGUUAUAAUCACACUGUCCGGUGUCACCCAUAUGAGGAUGGGUUGCUUUUUGAGUCUGGUCCUUAUCAAGCUUUCUUGAUAACAUGUCAUUGAGUUUGUUUUUCUUUCCACCUUCACAUCUGGCUUGCUCAUUAGGGAUAAAAUUUAUAUCCUGAAUUUACAUAUUUCUGUAAAGCUCGUUGUGACAAUGUCUUUUGUGCUAUACAAAUAAAAUUGAAUUGAAAUGAAAUGCUGAACAUUCAAUGUCCCAAACAAUUUGGAUAUUGAUAUUGGACAUUGUCCAUCAUCCACCAGAACUGGCAGAACAGAAGCUUGCUUUACAUCCUGCCCAGAACGUUCAGAAGUUAGGAAUUGUUAACAAUCAAAAUCAAAACAUGUCAUGAAAUCAAACUGAUCAAAUUAUAAAAUGAGUUGCGUUGUAAAAACAGUAAUCAAUUAAACAGGCAUUAAUACAUUUCCGUUUCUUUUUUAAAUCAGUGGUUCCUGAUCCUAGAGCAAAGGAAUCUGUGUUAAAUGUAGCCCCAGAUAAUCUAAAAAAAUGAAAUCAGAAAUGUGUGAUAUAAAGAACUAUGUUUCAUUAGUACAGUAGCUGACUGUAGUCCUGAAUAAGACUCCAUUAUAUAACAUACAGCAAUCAGCCAUAAUGUUAAAACCACCUGCCUAGUAUAGUGUAGGUCAUCCUUGUGUAACCAAAAUAGCUGUGAUGUGUCAACAAGGUGUGCUGUUGUAUCUGGCACUUAAAAGUUAACAGCAGAUGCUAUAAGUCCUGUAAGCUGUGAGAUGGCGUCUCCAUGGAUCUGAAUUGUUGAUCCAACAUAAUCUGAGGGAUUUGGAGGCCAAUUCAACUGUCCAAGUAACUGUCGUGACUGUUCAUAUUAUCAAAAAAUCUUUCAUGGGAGAAAGAUUAAAAAAAAACCCAACAGUAUAAUAAAAGAAAAUGAAACAGAAUAAAAGAAAAGAAUGUAAAAUAAUGUAAUAAAUAAGGUGGGUUUUUUUUGUUUUUAUUCUGUUUUAUUUUCUUUAGUUAAGAAAAGUGUAAAUGAGCCAUGGUCAAUCUGGAAGAAUCAAUCAAAAAAUGUAUUUUCUGGAUUGUUUUGAGGCAUUUCUAUUAAUCUUCCCAUUAACACAUUCAUGCGAGUGAUUUUUUCUGUGCUUGCUUUCUCUGAAAUAAAUGUUUGCAAAUGCUGCUUUGAGAUCAACAUGCAGUUCCAACUAUUAACUGAAACACAGAUUCUCUUGAGAGCCGUUAUGAGUAAGCACAGGUGAUGGAAAAAAACUGCACAGUGGACUGUUUUGGAUACCAGUAACAGAAAUAUCUAACAGGCCCACUGCACUAUGACAUGAACUUGAUCUCAUUAGGUAAAUGUGCACUACAAACACAAAACAUCUGCAAUAUUUCAUUUAAAAAAUGUAUUUAUGCUUGAUGCGUUAUUGACAGUUGAAAAAGUCAACCAAAAUAAAGUGAUACAAAUCACAUGGUAUACUUUAAAACUGGUAUUAAAAACAUGCACUCAUAUUUACUUAAUCAUAAAGACUUAAGACAAAGAAUAAAGCUCUUGUUAUUGCUGCAUUUUUUCUAUUUAUUCUUUCCCUAUAUUUCUUUAACUUUUUUUUUUACAGUUUUGACAAUUACUGUAUUAAAGACAAUUAAUAACAUAUAUAA